ACUGCAGAUUAGUAAGUUUUCUAUUUUGGCGGCAAGAGGAGAAGGAGAUUCUACAAGAGUAAUAGAAGGAGUUCUUCAAAUUCUAAAUCUUCAAAUCCAGACGUCAACAAGUCAUUAAUGACCCUAGACGAGAAGUACAAGAUAGCAAGGAGCAAAUGGGAGGAAUGCACUCAAGAGGAUGAGUGUGGAAUCUCCUUAAGAUUCAGUCUGAACAUAUAUGUUACGAUGGUUUUGGGUGUCCGUAAGGAUGCACAUUGCACAACUCAUCCAAGAUCUCAUCAAUUGUGACGCCAGAGCAAAAGAUCUACUGAGAAGGGUGAAGCUAGACUUUUUUAUAUGCUUCAGAACGCUUUUCCAUGCAUUGUUCUUUUCACAUCUGGUUGGUUUUUUGUUCAAAAUCGAGAGCUACAAUGUCACAGUGUGAUGUUUCAGGAAGAGCCCUUUUCUCAUUUCCUACGGGUUUAUCUUUCAAAUGUGCAAAGGCUACAUUUGUUAUCAGCUGGGCAUUGACAAUUCAGAUCUACGGGAAAUUCCGGUGAUGAUCCUGAAAUCUGUCAUGUGACCCAAUAUUUAAGGCCAAAGCUUGUUUGUUUGUCAUAAAAAUAUGGACACAGAAAGAUACCAAGGGGGGUACAUCUCCAGCCAAAUAGUAAGCUUCACAAUUGGCAUCUCUUUCUCUGUCUGGUAGUUCUCAUAAAAAUUUUUUUUGCUCGAUUUGUAUUUUUUGUUUCUUAUUUGCUAGCUGUUGGUGUUUCUUUUGCUUUUACUAUUCUGUUUAUCUUUUUAUCUCCAGUCCUGACUCCUGAUUAAAGUGUAGCAGUUGCUAAUAUUAUAAGCAAGGAAUUAUAUUCAAUCCAGUGCCUGCAACUACUUUUCAAUCAUUUCAGGAAAGCUUAAAAAGGACAAUGAGAGUUGCAGAAGGCGCAAUGGAGCAAGCCUUGCAUCUACAAGCUACCGGAAUCUAUGACUACAAGUGUUGGUACUUCUCAAAAUAACGAUAGCAUGAAGAAAUCCGCUGCUUACCUUCCUCACACUGUCUCAUUCGGGCCUUACCAUCACGGCAAGAAUGACCAUUUGAAGAAGAUGGAUCCGCAUAAGCACCGUGUCCUAGGUCAUUUCCUGCGAAGAUACAAUGCGACACUCCAAACACUUACCGACUCGAUCAUCGCCACCAGCGGCAUGCGGCAACAGGUGGAUCGUGUUGAAGCAUUAUCUGUACUACAACGGCUAAUGGAUUCAUACGAGUCCCUAGACGAAAAGUGGCUCCAUGACCAUGAUGGCUUCUUGAAGCUGAUGAUAUUUGAUGGGUGUUUCAUGCUUGAGAUUUUGCAGUGGUUGUUGGUGUCCGACGGUGAUAAAGCGGUACCAGCAGUCUCGGCUUUUACCGGCUCAGUUGAUGAAUGCUACUAUGCUGACAAUGACCCAAUUUUCAGCCGUCACGGGAAGCUGUACUUCCUGUCUUACAUAAGGAGAGACAUGCUGAUGCUUGAAAACCAACUCCCCAUGCUGCUUCUUAAGACCCUGCUUGGCGCUGUUCUACCCACCAAACCCAAGGAGGAUAUCGAAGAGCAUUUAAACAUGAUCAUAUUGAACUUCUGUAAAGGCAAUUCAAGUCAUAAUAUGCAAAAAAUGGGUACCUGUUUGCACGUACUGGACCUCUAUAGGAAGAGUCUUUUGACGCAUCAAAACCAACCAGUAGGUGCCUCCUCUACCGUCAAAAAUCAAAAUUCCGGUAAUCAUAGCAAGGCGAAACGUCCCAUGAUGGCAUGUACUACUAGAAGUGGCGAGGACAUCGUAAGGUCAGCAAUGAAUCUUCAUGAGUCCGGAAUCAAGUUCAAGAAAAGUACUGAAACUUGCAACCUGACUGACAUAUGGUUCAAAGGUCACACGCUGAGACUCCCAGUAGUGGUCAUCGAUGACACCACAGAAUCAACGUUACUUAACAUGAUGGCAUUCGAGCGAUUCCACGUAGGAGCAGGGAACGAGAUCACGUCGUACGCAUGUUUCAUGGACAAUAUCAUUGAUUCCUCUGACGAUGUUAAGCUCCUGAGGUCUAGUGGGGUGUUGCAAAAUGCGAUUGGAAGCGACAAGGCAGUGGCGAAGCUGUUUAACGAAUUGACGAAGGACGUGACGCCAGACCCUGAGAGCUGGCUAGAGAAAGUAGUGCAGAAACAGCUGGAUGAAUACUGUAGGAAUAAGUGGCAUGAGUGGCGUGCUAACCUCAGCCACACCUACUUCAAGAACCCAUGGGCUCUUCUCUCCCUGUUGGCUGCAGUCUUACUUUUGGCUCUCACCAUAUCUCAGACCUUCUAUUCUAUUUAUGGUUAUUACAAGCCCAAGGGGAACUAAUAGAUGCUACAGAAUAAUCAGAUUAUCAUUGUUUGGAUUGUUUUAGAUGUACCAAUGUGGAUUCUAAGAUCAAAUCUUUUCUGAAGUGCAUUGAAAUUUGAAAUCAAGAAAAAUGAUGCAAGUGGCUCAGAACAAUUUGUAAAAUAUAGACAACAGGGUGUUUGUUUUUUGCUGACUUGGUAUGAGAAGUCAGACCGUUUGUUUUUUAGUUUGAAUCACAUUUGAUUUGCAACCUGUCUCGCACCUGUUUGAAUCAGGGAAGAAAAUUUCCCCGACUCAUGGAACCAGGCCACUGACUCAAAUAUUUUUGAGUCAGAUCUACCUCCAACUAC